AUGACAACUUUCUUCGGUCGUUCCCGUUCUUCAAUAAACUCACUUUGUUAUCCAAUUUCUACACAAUGUCGUUUAUUUUCACAAUCAAUUUUAACUUCACGUCGACAUUAUGAUAUAUUGGAAGUUUCUCCGGAAGCUGAUCGUCAACUAAUAAAAGCACAGUUUUAUAAAUUAUCAAAACAAUAUCACCCAGAUUUGAACCUAGGCGAUGAAACAGCACAUUCAAAAUUUGUUCGAAUAAAUGAAGCAUAUUCAGUUUUAAGUAAUGAGCAAAGUCGAAGAGAAUACGAUCGAUCAAUACAUCGUCAACUUAAUAAUUCAAAUUCUCGAUCACGUAUGAAACGUUCUAAUGUAUACUCUGGUUAUAACAAUGCACCUAGACAUGGUAGAUCAGGUUUUAAUUUUCAUAAUCGACAAAAAGUGAAUUUUAAUUUUCAAGAACACUUUCAAAGACAUUAUGGGGAAGAACUAAGACGGCGAGCCAGAUCUGAAGCUCAUCAAGAAAAAGAAAAACAUGUUAGGGAACUGAGUCAUAAACAAAGUCAUAGGACGAUAAGAAUAAGUUUAUUAAUAUCUAUGGUUAUAAUCCUUGGAACUGGUGGUCAAAUUUUUGUUUAA